UUUAUAUAAAGUCAAUGACAGGGUCGAACAGUCAUAAAAAGUUUAAUUAUAGCGAUUUGCGAGUUGUCCUACAACCUCUUCGACGCUUCGUUACUCCAGCUGGCACCGACGUCUCUACACAUCGAUUUUGAUUCUACAGUAAUGCGGCGGCUUAGUUUCCACAAUGUCCCCUAUGAGUUAACACAUGCCUAUAUAGACUUUAUUAUUCUAUAAGAGAUGUCGAGUAAAGUAGUUAGUAAGAAAUGGAUAAGCGAAGAGACAAGCGAGGAGGAGGAACUCUUCAUACAUUGUCGUGAGAUGGAAACCGUAUGUUAUGCUGUAACAAAAGUGAUAUUGGAUGCGGAUAAUAAAUGGAAAGGCGCCACUGGUAAAACUAAUAGCCAUUCUUUGUCCAAUCGAAGCUAUAUUUUGGAAUUGGUUAACAUACAAGUGUUAGAUCAAAUAAUAGAAUAUCUGUCGAAGUUAGUAAAAUCUUUUUAUAAGUUAAAUCCGAAAUUGGCACGAUUGAAGAAGCAAAAUGAUUUAAUUCAAAGCAAACAUGACCACAUUUUUGAUAAGUUGUGUGGCUGUAGAUUUAUAAUGUUGCAAGCGAUGCAUAAUCUUAUAACAGUCAUACUAAACACGUGCUUACACAGAGAUGACUCGAGGAAAAUGAUUGAAUCCACUUUAAGCCUGAUUGCAAUUUACAACCACUUAAUAGGGUUAAGCUACAAGAAUUUUGCAGCCAAAUUUAAUAUUUGCAGUAACACUUAUCCCAACAUUAUUAGCGAAACUAAAACUGUAACUUUAACUAAAAUUGUUCAAAUUUUGUCUAAAAGUCGUGCUGAAGUUAACUGCCAGCGACUAAUCAAUUGUUUAGUGAACGUGUACAGACCUGGUGACAAUUCAGAUAACGACUCAACCACUAGUACCGCGGAAAGUUUGGAAAUAUACCACACCCUAACUAAGCAUAUAACGCCACCAACAUCCACUAUUUCCCGUGAGUUAACGGUAGAAAAACGUCGCGAAGCUUUCAUAGAACACAAGAAAGCAAAAAUGAAACAAGCUCAGAGUCUUGUUGAAGUGAAAAAUGAGCAUAAUAAGAAAUUGAAUCAAAUCGUGGCCGGUCAGAAUUCAGAUUGCGAUGUCGCCUAUGCCUCGUUGUUGACUAAUGAAUGCGUUCUGGAGAAUAUUCUAAAUAAUGAAGAGAAUGUUAAUAGCAUACUUCAAAGUGAAGAAAUUUAUAUAGAAAUCCUUCUGGAUACCGUUGCAAAUAUGGCUCCCUUACUGUUGGGACCAAAUGGAGUGAGAAAGCUGAAAUCAGGUCGCAUUCAAGCCAGCAAAAAAGCAGCGCAUAAAGUGACUGAGUGCUAUCAGAACAUACUGUGGGGCGAUGUGGGCAGUUGUCUUGAACAUAUUGUACUUUGGUGGUCCUCCUUCCCAUUAGCUACGAGAUCACCCAGUACUUGUCAAAACCUUCGAGAAUGGUUGUUCAGUACCUUUAAUGUUAACAACACCCCAGAGUUAGUAUUAUCCGCUCUGAGAAUAUUGGCUGACGCUUUGGGAUGUCAUGUGACUUCAACAUCGUGGGAUAAGCAUUUCGGGGCCACGCUAACUACGAAUCUAAUGCCAACGUCACUGAAGCUUCACCCUGGUCUAUCGUUAUAUAUUACUGAAUGCACAGAGACUGGUGCAAAUUUCGCGCUAAUGCUGCAACAGCUUGUGAGUUUAAACAACCAGUGCGAAGUAACAUGGGACUACAUUCUAGGCGCGCCGAUAGAAGAUCUGCCUAUUGUUGAACAAAUACCGAUUCUUCAUAGGCUUGAUCAUACAAUCCACACGUAUCGACUAUGGUGUCUGGCGGAGACCCGACGUCUAGCUAACAUGUGGGAAAUGGACGAUUUUUUCCGAAUCUCGCAUAACGAUAUGCAGGCCUGUAUGGAACAGCUAGUAAAUUUGCGUUUCGCUGACCAUACCGUCAUCAUAGAAGCAGGUAAAAUUGGAGUUCAUGAGAAUGUUUGCGCUAAAAUGAGAGAAAAGUUAGUUUCCGAAGUGAAGGUCAACAUUCAGAAAUUAAAGGAAGCAACGGAGGAGAUCACGAGCGUUCUAUCGAGUGUGUGCGCUACCACAAGCCUGGCACAGUUGGUGUUAUCCUUCCCACGUACCACGCCACACCACUCCGCCUACGUACGGGAUUUUUUGGAUAAAAUGCUGUUACCAGUAGCAAAGGCAACUCAAGAUAUAACCACUUUAAACAUGGUGUUACGUAUAAUGUGCGAAUCAUGGCUACACCAUAUAUAUGUAGCAAAAGUUAAAUUCAGCAAAGAGGCCGCUGUGCAAUUAUUAGCGGAUUUCAAUGAGGUACGCAACUGGUUGAACGACUGCAACCAACUAACUGGUGCAGCCAAGAAACAGAUGUUGCAGAAUGAAGUUCUAAGGCGAUGUGAAGGUGUCGGUCGCUUAUUGCUUCAUACGCCUGGGGAUCUACUCUCUAUGCAGGAGUCUACUAUGCAGUCUACACAACAGGUCCGAAAAGAGGAUAAUGAUACUCCGAAACACCUGAUGCCAGCGGAAAUGUACGUUCCUAAUCAAAAACAGUGGCUCACAUUGCGUGCCAGGAAGCUAAAAGGGCCCCUUGCGUUUACGCUCUGUUGUCUCGUUUUAUAUUAAGUACAGACAUAUUU